AUGUUGCCAUUCAGCAGUCUGCCGUCCACGGCGAAGACUUCUCCGACACCAUUCAAAAUAGCCGUUCCGCAAGUGAAGCUCAAUGAGCUCGAAACCCUCUUAAAGCUAGCCAAAUUCGCCCCGCAUACCUACGAGAAUUCUCAAACAGACCGUCGAUAUGGGGUUGGUACUGAUUGGCUGGUGACCAUGCGAGAUCUGUGGCUGCGGUCUUAUAGCUGGAGGGCUACCGAGAGUCGUAUCAAUGCCUUUCCUCACUUUACGACGGAUGUAGAUGGUGUCAAUAUCCACUUUGUAGGUCUUUUUUCGCAGAAGAAGGAUGCUGUUCCGGUUCUACUGAUCCAUGGCUGGCCUGGAAGCUUCUUGGAGUUUUUGCCCAUCUUGGAGAAGUUCAAAGAUGAGUAUACUCCAGAGACCCUGCCGUAUCACUUGAUUGUACCUUCAUUGCCUGGCUACGCUUUCUCUUCUGGCCCUCCAAUUGAAAGAGAUUUCGGCACAAGUGAUGUGGCUGCCAUCCUGGAUCAAUUGAUGAGAGAUCUUGGAUUUGAAAGUGGUUAUGUUGCUCAGGGCGGUGAUAUUGGCAGUCGGAUUGCCAGACAUUUGGGCGCGGACCAUGAAAGCUGCAAAGCUGUCCAUGUCAAUGUCGUUUUCAUGAGACGUCCAGAUAAUAUGACCGAUGAAAAUCUCAACGCCUUUGAAAUACAAGGCAUAGAGAGAUUGCAAACCUUCGCAGCUUUCGGCAGUGGAUAUGCGAUGGAGCACGGGACCCGACCUAGCACUAUUGGUCACGUUGUGUCUUCUAGCCCUAUCGCUCUUCUAGCAUGGGUCGGUGAGAAAUUCCUAGAAUGGGUCGAUGACCCUCUCGCAGUAGACGACAUCCUGGAGUCUGUCACACUCUAUUGGUUAACAGAGACGUUCCCUCGGGCUAUUUAUACCUAUCGUCAAAACUAUCCUCCCCCGCCUAUUCCGGCGUCCAAUGAUCCCCGCUGGUAUAUCCACAAGCCAUUUGGAUAUUCUUCGUUUCCUAUGGAGAUUGCCCGGCUACCGCGCGCCUGGGUUGAGACGACAGGUGACUUGGUCUUCUAUGAGCAGCAUCAGAAGGGCGGCCACUUUGCGGCGCUAGAACAGCCAGACGAACUCAAGUCGGAUUUGAUCAAAUUCAUUGAUCAGGUUUGGCCGGGAAUUGUUGCUACGAAAUGA